UCGGUUUACAAACCCUGCGAAGAUGGCGACUUCAGGGAGGAGUGCAUUAUUAUCCUCCACCUCAACUGGACCUAAGAGCACACUGGAGAACUCCAACCCAGAGGAGGAUGACGGGCAGGAUUUAUGGUCCACCAUCCUGAGCGAAGUGUCAACCCAUUCAAGAUCUAAGCUACCGUCUGGGAAAAAUGUCCUGGUCAUGGGUGAGGUGGGUUCAGGGAAGACCACCUUGGUUGCAAAGCUACAGGGGAUUGAAGAGUACAUGAAAGGGCGUGGCCUGGAAUACCUCUACUUCAGUGUCCAUGACGACGACAUUGACGACCACACUAGGUGUAAUGCCUGGGUGUUAGACGGAGACCUUUACCACAAAGGUCUGCAGGGAGUAGCAGUGCCAGUGGACUCUAUCGGCAACACGUUGCUGCUGAUAACUGUUGACAUGUCGCGGCCAUGGAACGCCCUGGACUCUCUCCAGAAGUGGGCAGCUGUCGCUAGGGAACACAUCGACAAACUCCGGGUCGCCCCGGAAACGCUGCGGGAGCUGGAGCACAGAAUUGUGAAACAGUUCCAGGAGUACACAGAGCCAGGCAGUGGGGAGGAUGGCACCCCACAGAGGAGGAGUGAAGAUGAGGAGAGCGUGCUGCUGCCGUUAGGAGACAACACACUCACACACAAUCUGGGAAUACCAGUCGUGGUAGUCUGCACCAAGUGCGACGCCAUCAGCACGUUGGAGAAGGAGCACGACUACAGAGACGAACACCUGGACUUCAUCCAGUCUCACAUCAGACAUUUCUGUCUGCAGUACGGGGCAUCUCUGCUUUACACAUCAGUGAAGGAGAUGAAGAACCUGGACAUUCUGUACAAAUAUCUGGUGCACAGACUCUACGGCUUUCCCUUCCACUGCCCGGCACAAGUGGUGGAAAGAGAUGCCGUCUUCAUUCCAUCAGGGUGGGACAAUGAGAAGAAGAUUGCCAUACUUCACGAGAACUUCCAAACAGUAAAAGCAGAGGACAGCUUUGAGGACGUAGUUGUCAAACCGCCAGUCAGAAAGAUUGUACAUGAAAAGGAGAUUCAGGCAGAAGAUGACCAAGUGUUUCUGGUAAAACUGCAGUCGCUGCUCGCCAAACAGCCCGCUGUGACAGCAGGGCGGCCAGUGGACACCACCAGCAGAGCACCUACCGGUUCCCCCAGGACAAGUAAUCGCUCCGCAGCGGCCAACGUAGCAAACGCCAUGCCACAGUCGGGUCAGACCAGUGAGGGUGUGUUGGCCAACUUCUUCAACAGUCUACUGACAAAGAAAGCGGGGACAGGGGGGCCCGGGACGCCAGGUGGGGGUAACAACACUCCCGGAACAGUGCGCAAGUCAGGUUCGAAGCUGGGCCUGGGAGAUGUACAGGCGGAGCUGGACCGCAUAUCCAGCCGGGAGACUGACUCGGACUUGCCCAAUGCCAACGAGACGCCUGCCACCGAUGGUCAGGACACAUGAAGACCAACACACUUCGCCCUGCUCUCCUUCUCCCCACCCCCUUCCGCCACCUCAGUCAUCUUCCACCUCCCUUGUCCUCACUCUCCCCACUCUCAUCCUCCACUCCAUCACAGCGAUGCAGGGAGAAAGAGGGAUGUAGGGGGAAAAGGGGGGUGGGCACAAAAUUUUGCCUCCCGCUCGUCUUUCACUGUCUCCUCAAGGAGAAGAACUCACCCUCUCUUCACCUACCCCUUUUCCCACACCUCGUCUGCCUCCCUUCCCUUCUCUUCCUGGCUGUUUCGCCAAGGGCGAGUAUUUGUCACUGUUACAUACAAGACUGUCUGUUACAUGAGAGUAAAUGAGAAUGGGGGAACCAAUGGGGGUGUGGGGGUUGGGAUGAGAAGAAGUGAACGGUGGGAUGAAAGGGACUGAUUGAGGAAUGAAAGUGAGGGCGUUUUAUCCAUCCAUUUCUUGUGAUGGUACAGUUAGUGUUUUUACUGUAGGAACUGCUGAAGGGCGCAUGUUGAAGAAUCUGCACUUAGGUACUGUAGGGGUGAGUGUGUGAUUAAUGUAUGUGAGGCAAGUCACGCUUGGCCAGAGGAAGAGAUUGAUGAGAACAAAAAAAAAAAAUGCUUGAAACGAAAUUGUAAACAGUCUUGUUUUUUAAGAUGAAGGGACAAACAUACCAGUAUUUGUGUGUGUGUGCGCGUGUGACAGAGAGAGGGUGUGAGUGUGUGUGUGUAAGAGAGAGAGUUCGGCAGAUCAAGAAAAUUAAGGAAGUUACUUCAACUGUCUGUGGAGAGAUUUUUGGCUGUUUGCAUUUCAACCAAAAGGCAAAAAAAACAUUACUAUGCUCUUACACUACGAGCUCUUAAACAGUGCAUACAGCUCUGUCUGCUACACGACACAAACCAAACAUAACAAAAACAUAUAUAUAGAUAUACACACUUCAGAGUUCACACUCAAGCACGAGUCAUGUGUAGAGGGCACCUUAGGUCCAUCAUGGCACCCAGUUCUACAAUUGGCCAAACUUCCCCUUAUGGUACAUUCUGCUCAGACCUGUAGAUAACAGACUGCGUGCACUGGAAAGGGAGGGUGGUAGAAGGUAGUAAGGGGUGGGUAGCUGAGCUUUACUUGUACAGAUAGAAGCACUAGUGAUUCAGUUCCAUAGUUACUGUGGGCGGGGUGGUGGGUGGUCAAGGGGGUCAGAACAAGGGAGGGUCACACCAAGAAUGUACAGUCAUUGUCUCGCUGAUUGGUCCUGUUAUUUCAGAGCUCUGUGUUGGCGUUUGUAUAAUCAGAUCUGUUAAUCAGUCAAAUAAAAGGUGUAUUUAUUCGGAUUCAUG